AAUACACAAAUCAUAUAGUAGCCACCUGUGACCAGUAGGAGGGAUCUGUCUUGAAGCUCUGGAAAGUCGUGAAUUCUCGCGAGGCGAGAUUUUGGCACUCACAGCAAGACCGACACGAUUCCAGUAAGAGUACGAUAAAAUUGAGAAAUGUCGGGUCGCUCGGUCCGCGCUGAGACCAGAAGCCGCGCUAAAGAUGACAUUAAGAAAGUGAUGGCUGCCAUUGAGAGAGUACGGAGAUGGGAGAAGAAAUGGGUCACAGUUGGGGACACAUCAUUAAGAAUAUUUAAAUGGGUUCCAGUGGUCGACACAAUGGAGAAGGACAAGAGCAGAGUGUCUGUGGGUGGAGAGAUACAGCGUAAAAAUUUCCCCACAGAAGAGGCAUCUGAUAACGGCUGCUCUGUACUACUAGAUUUUCAAGAUGACAACAGCAACCAGAGUUCUCUGUCGGACUCAUACCAGCUUAAAGUAGCGGCAGACAGCAGCAAUAACUCAAGUCCACAGCCUAGUGAACCCGUCAGCCCUGCACCUCAGACUCUAGACUACCGCACAGAUGAUCCACAGCCACCCACUCUCGGUCAGGAAAGCAUUGAGGAACCGAUGCUGCAGUCAAGUGAGGUUGCAGAUGAGCCGCCAACACUGAUCAAAGAAGACCUUCUACCUCUCGCUGCUCAGGAUGAUGAGGACAGCUGUGGGGCUCCACCACUGAAAAGAAUCUGUACCGAGCAGGUCUCGGUUAUCCAGUCGACCCCUCUGAGCUAACACAAACACAUACACACUGUGCACUGGGCAUUGAAAAUCAGCCAGACUGAUCAUUGACUAUAACUGCUGCAAAAAACACCAUAUGGACCAGACAUCAAGAAGGUGCUAUAUUUAUUAUCACAUGGAAUCUCUUUGUAAUGUUUAAGAUUUACAAAUCUUUCCCCUUUUUAGCUGUUUUUAUUCAAACCAAACAAAGCUGGACUGUUAAGUGGACAUUCCUGUUUGCAGGGAGUGGAAAUUUAUGCACUAUCAAGAUAAAGCACUUCUUGUUGAAAAUACUGUUACAGUUAUAAUGCUGUAGUUUUAUUUUGUAGUCACUGGAAUGUGAUGCUUGUUAAAAAAAGGGAUAGCCACACAUGCUGGCAUCACUUAUCAAAUGUUGGCUGAAAGCUUAGCUAUUAAUCAAGAAUUCACUUUUAAUAAAUAUGACUUAACAUGCAGAAGGUCUUUGCAAUCAAAUUUCGUGAAUUUACAUGAAUAUACAUUGCAAUUUAGAAGCCUCUGUAGAAGUGAAUGUUUAAGUUAUGAUUCAAAAGAUGUGAAUAAUUGUUAGGUUUUGAUAUUUGUAGAUUCUGGUCUCAGGUUCUAUUGUGCCUCCAACUGUUAACGAAGCAAAUUAUCUUUUAUUUGAUCUUUUUGCGCCCUUCCAGCGUUGCUUGAUCUUAUUGGGUUCAGUAAUUGGACAUUUCAGUCUUUUGUCUGUAGGAACCCUCAAAAAGCACAUGUCUCUCAUGCCACCUUGUUCUAUUUUGUUUAUUUAGAGGAUUUGUUUAUUUUUGACAGGAUAACACAUACACUGAAAUUGAAUUCUGAUUGUUAUUUUAUAGUAAGGAUAACUGUUUUGUAGAAUUCCUGUCUCUGCCCCUUUUGCACACUGAUCUAGUAGGCACAUUGGUGUUGUGGAAGCAAUCAUAUUGUUAUUUAAGGCAAAUAUCAUUAAAAUAUAUAGACACUCCCAA